AUGCCUAUUCCAAAACCACACGGAGGUCAACUCAAUGACUUGAUUAUCCGCGACGCUGACAAAAAGCCACAGUUGUUGAAAGAAGUUGAAACUUUACCCCAUUUGACCUUGACACCAAGACAAUUGUGUGAUUUGGAGUUGAUUUUGAACGGUGGGUUCUCGCCUUUGACUGGGUUUUUAAAUGAGGACGAUUACAAUAGUGUUGUUGAAGAUUUGCGUUUGACUUCAGUCAAGAAUGAGCAAGGAAAAGGAUUGAUUUGGCCCAUCCCAAUCACGUUGGAUGUGUCUGCCCAAACUGCCCAACAAUACAAAAUUGGUGAUAGAAUUGCAUUGUUGGAUUUGAGAGAUGAAACCCCAUUGGCAAUUUUGACUAUUGAGUCGAUCUAUACCCCAGAUAAGCAAAAGGAAGCCAAGUUGGUAUUUAGAGGUGAUCCCGAACACCCAGCCAACAAAUACCUUUUCGAAACUGCUGGUGACGUUUACAUUGGUGGGUCCUUGCAAGGUAUCAACUAUCCAAAACAUUAUGAUUACGUCGACGCUAGGAAAACCCCCACCGAAUUGAGAAAGGAGUUUGACUCAUUGGGAUGGACCAACCAAAACAUUGUUGCUUUCCAAACAAGAAACCCAAUGCAUAGAGCUCAUCGUGAGUUGACCAUUAGAGCCGCUAAUGACAUUGGAUCCAGCGCUCACAUUUUAAUUCAUCCAGUUGUUGGAUUGACUAAGCCCGGUGAUAUCGAUCAUCACACUAGAGUCAAAGUUUACAAGCAAAUCUUGCAAAAGUUCCCCGAUGGAUUGGCAUCCUUGUCUCUUUUGCCAUUGGCUAUGAGAAUGGGUGGUGAUAGAGAAGCCUUGUGGCACGCUUUAAUCAGAACCAAUUAUGGUGUUGAUCAUUUCAUUGUGGGUAGAGAUCAUGCAGGUCCUGGUAAAAACUCUCAAGGUGUUGACUUUUACGGUCCUUAUGAUGCACAAGAAUUGUUGCAAAAAUAUCAAGAUGAAUUGGAUAUCAAGAUUGUUCCAUUUAGAAUGGUUACUUAUUUGCCUGAUGAGGAUAGAUACGCGCCAAUUGAUACUAUUGAUACUUCUAAAGUCAAGACCGCCAAUAUCUCAGGUACUGAGUUGAGAAACAAGUUGCGUACUGGUGAUGCUAUCCCUGAAUGGUUUUCUUAUCCUGAAGUUGUCAAGAUCUUGCGUGAAACCAACCCACCCAGAUUCAAACAAGGUUUUGUAAUCAUUAUUGAAACUGAAUCGAAAUUGGGUCAAUAUUUGAGUUUUGCUUUACAAUCAACAUUGAAUCAGUUUAGCGGUGAAAGAAGAAUUACUAAAAUCGAUCAACAAGAACACAAUGUUGCUCCUUUCAUUAUUAAUGAAUUGGUCAAGUCGGGAGCCGGUGUCAUCUUGACUACUGAAAACACUCAUUCCACUAAAGUUGCCAGUUUGGUAGGCGAGGGAAACUCCAUCAUCGUUGGUCCAAAAAAUGAUGCAUCGAAAGGUCAAUUCAAAUUGAAUGAAGAUCUUAAAGUCACCAUUGAUGAAAUCGUAACUUAUUUGCAACAACAAGGAUUUUAUUAA